AUGAGUGAGGACUGGCAGGAAGCAGGCCGAGCGCCCUGGAACUCCUCCUCCAGCUCUGGCUUUGUUCUCACCAGCCUUUUUAACAAGAGUCCGAUGCACCUGUUCCUCUUCAGCACGGUGGCGCUGACCUACCUCCUCGCCAUGGCUGGCAACGCCUGCUUGGUCCUCCUGAUCUGGGCCGACGCCCGGCUCCACACGCCCAUGUACCUCCUUCUCAGCCAGCUGUCCUUCCUGGACAUCUUCUUCACUUCAGUCACCGUGCCCAAGAUGAUGGUGGGCUUCCUCUUCGGCUGGACGAGCAUCUCCUUCGGAGGCUGUGGGGCACAGAUGUUUUUCUUCAUGUUCCUGGGGGCUGCAGAAUGCCUCCUGCUGGCCCUCAUGGCCUACGACCGCUACGUGGCCAUCUGCAACCCUCUCCGCUACCCAGUGCUCAUGCGCCGCCAGGUCUGUGUGCUCAUGGUGCUGGCCUCCUGGUUGGGAGGGUCCCUCAACGCCUCCAUCCAGACCUCUCUGACCCUGCGGUUUCCCUACUGCGGCUCUCGGAAAAUUGCCCACUUCUUCUGCGAAGUGCCGUCGCUGCUGCUGCUGGCCUGUGCGGACACCGAGGCGUACAAGCAGGUGCUCUUCGUGACGGGGGUGGUGGUCCUCCUGGUCCCCAUCACCUUCAUCACCGCCUCCUACGGCCUCAUCCUGGCCGCCGUGCUGCGCAUGCGCUCUGUGGACGGGCGGAGGAAGGCCCUGGCCACCUGCUCCUCCCACCUGACGGUGGUCAACCUUUUCUACGGGCCCCUUGUCUACACCUACAUGCUGCCCGCACGCUACCACUCGCCUGGCAAGGAUGACGCCGUGUCUGUCUUCUACACUGUCCUCACCCCCAUGCUCAACCCCGUCAUCUACAGCCUCAGGAACAGGGAGGUGACGGGGGCAGUGAGGAAGGCAUUAGGAAAGGGCGGGCCUAGCCCGAAGGCUUAA